AUGGCGGAGAAGUCACGUCGUGUAGCGCAAACGGAAGAUUUAUCGAACGUUGAGUUCGAAACCAGCGAAGAUGUCGAGGUUAUUCCUACCUUCGACAACAUGGGUCUCCGUGACGAAUUGUUACGCGGAAUCUAUGCGUACGGUUUUGAAAAACCAUCAGCUAUUCAGCAACGAUCUAUUAAACCUAUUAUGAAAGGCAGAGAUGUUAUCGCUCAAGCUCAAUCUGGUACAGGAAAAACUGCUACCUUCUCAAUUGCGAUAUUACAGUCACUGGAUACACAAGUACGAGAAACUCAAGUUUUGGUUUUGUCUCCAACUCGAGAACUUGCCACUCAAAUCCAGAAAGUUAUCCUUGCAUUGGGAGAUUUUAUGAAUGUACAAUGUCAUGCUUGCAUUGGUGGUACAAAUCUUGGAGAAGACAUCAGAAAACUCGAUUAUGGCCAGCAUGUUGUAUCUGGUACACCUGGUAGAGUAUUCGAUAUGAUUAAAAGGCGAGUACUCAGAACCAGAGCUAUCAAAAUGCUGGUACUUGACGAAUCUGAUGAAAUGUUAAACAAAGGUUUCAAGGAACAAAUAUAUGAUGUGUAUCGAUAUCUCCCACCAGCAACACAAGUUGUUUUGGUUUCGGCCACUUUACCGCAUGAAAUUCUUGAAAUGACUAGCAAAUUUAUGACAGAUCCUAUCCGUAUCCUUGUCAAACGUGAUGAAUUGACAUUGGAAGGAAUCAAGCAAUUCUUCGUUGCUGUGGAACGAGAAGAGUGGAAAUUUGACACGCUCUGUGAUUUAUACGACACGUUAACAAUAACACAAGCGGUUAUCUUUUGUAAUACUAAACGUAAAGUAGACUGGUUGACGGAAAAAAUGCGAGAAGCUAAUUUUACGGUAUGCUCCAUGCAUGGAGAUAUGCCACAGAAAGAACGAGAUAACAUAAUGAAAGAGUUUCGAUCUGGUCAGAGCCGUGUGUUAAUUACAACCGAUGUAUGGGCAAGAGGAAUCGAUGUUCAGCAGGUGUCACUCGUAAUUAACUAUGAUUUGCCUAACAAUCGUGAAUUGUAUAUUCAUAGAAUAGGUCGAUCAGGACGUUUUGGACGCAAAGGUGUGUCUAUAAACUUUGUAAAAACUGAUGACAUCAGAAUUCUUCGAGAUAUCGAACAAUAUUAUUCUACACAAAUAGACGAAAUGCCGAUGAAUGUGGCUGAUCUAAUAUAAAAUACGAGAUUUAUGCGAAAAUUAAACAUUU